AAAGACCCCCUUUCCCCUCUUCUCAUCUUCAUCCUCAUUCUUCAAGUAUCUUGCGCCUCCCUCCCUUCCUCUAUCUUCUUGUCUGCUCUGCUCCAUUUGAAGAUCAGAACUUCCUUUUUCCCCUUUUUACAAGUUUUCAUCUUCCGCUUCUCAUCUGAAAAGAGACUCUCUUGGUCGAACAAGAGAAGUAGGGUUUUUUUUUGGUGGGUUUUUCUGGGUUGGAUUUCCUGUUGGCCUGCCAAAGGGGAAUUCAUUACUACCCUCUUCAUGCCUAGAAGAACUGUUACUAGUUUCAAUUGUUAAGAAGUGGGCUUUCUUUGAGUUCUGGGUUUCGGAUCGUUCGUUCGAACUUCGGAAGGUCUCUUUGGUUGUUUUAUUUGUAUUGCUAUGGCGUGUUCUCUGAGGAAUGGUUUCUCCGUCGCUGGGUCGAAUCAAAUUGGAUUGAAUAGAAAUGGGGUUAUGGGGUUUUGUCCCAGUAGGGGCUUUUUGGAGUUCACAGAGUCAAAACCCGCAGAUCUCCCCGUUUUGAGGAGCGAAUUUAAAGGAGUCCAAGUGGUCGUUUCAGAUCACAGGGCUUUGGGCGAUUGUAGUCGCAGUGGCUUCUCAACGUUCUCUGUCAAUGCACAGGCAUCAGUCUGCGUGAGCCGAGCUAUGAGAUGGUGGGAGAAGACCCCCAAACCCAACAUGGUAGAGAUUAAAUCGGCUCCAGAACUCGUUGAUGCGCUUUCAAAUGCUGGAGAUCGGCUUGUUAUACUCGACUUCUACUCCCCUGGUUGUGGAGGUUGCAAAGCCUUACAUCCCAAGGUCUGCCAGCUCGCUGAGUUGAACCCAAAUGCGUUGUUUCUCAAAGUCAACUACGAAGAGCUCAAAACGAUGUGUUACAGUCUCAACAUCCAUGUCCUCCCCUUCUUCAGAUUUUACAGAGGAGCAGAGGGUCGUCUCUGUAGCUUCAGUUGCACCAACGCAACUAUCAAGAAAUUCAAGGAUGCAUUGGCAAAGCAUGGGACUGAUCAGUGUAAUGUUGGGCCAGCUAAAGGUCUUGACGAGUCUGAGCUAUUGAAGUUGACUUCAAAUGGCCUGAUUUCGAUUGAUUUGCCUUUGAGGUCUACAGGCAAGGAAAUAGUGGAGGAUUUGGUGCUAAAGAAGAGCACUUCAGUUAAUAAGGAGGAACCCAUUAAAGAAGAAAAUUUAGCAUUGGUGGCCUGAAACAUCAAGAAGCUUUGAUUAAAGGAGUAAAGCAGCUCCUCCACUUUUGCCCUUCUUUCUUCUUGGGGUUUUUGUUGGAAAUGUAAAUUAAUUAGGAAUAUCAUUGGGUUUCUAUCAGUGCUGGGCUUUAGUUUUUUUGGAUGAAGUUCACCUGGUCAACUGUAAUGUGGCUUUUUCUGAUCUGAUCAAGGAGGAUAGAGCAGAUCUAUCAUUUUCUCUUUUCUUUUUUCUUUUUCUUUCUUUUUUUUCUUAUGGAGGGGGUGACGUGUGGUGUGGUGUGGUGUGGUGUGGAGAGUGGGGGAGGUGGGUCGUUGGGCAGAUAAUGCUUGUCACUUUCAAUAUUGUUUUGAGAUGAUGAUAUCACAAAAGCUUGGUGUAAUUUGUAUUAUUGCAAGGUGGCCUUCAAUUGUGUUUCAA